AUGCAGACAGCAGGGGCUGUCUGGGACAUUGAAGGCCUGCUAGGCCUCAGGGGUACGCUGCAAGAACUCCCAAGCAACAGCAGUCCCACUACCAGCGACAAGGUAGCCGAGGGAGCAGUAGAUUCUGCCAGCAGAGGAGCAGCAACACCCCCUGCAGCAACGGCAGCUGCAACAACAGCAGCAACAGCAGUCGCGACUGCCGCAGAGCCCGCAGGAGCAGCAGAAGGGAUCCUUCAAAAAGCUCGACAGGACAAUGCUGAAUGCGCUAUCAUAUGGGCAAAAGACAUUAAACAUUCGCACGCAAACAAUGCCGUUUGUAACUCUGGGGCUUCUGCCUUUGACUUGAGUACUCCUUCACGCCGCAGGGCUGAGCAACAGAAGCUCAAGCAUGAGCUGCUGCUACUGCGACGGCGGCAGCAGGUGGAAGCUUCUGCACUGCGGGCGCAGCACGAUGCGAAAGUGGCAGCGGCAAAAGCAGCGUGGGAAGCAGAAAGACGAAAGCUGGUUUACAAAAAUCAGACCUUGCAAGCUACAGUUGAUCAGACCCUGGCACGCUACGAAGAAGACGUACGCCUUCUGGGUGAAGUGAGGGGAUCUGUGCUUCAAGCACAGGAGCAGCAGCAACAAGAGCAGCAAAAAUUGUUGCAGCAGCAGUUGCAGCAGGCGCUGCAGGCUGAAAGAGACCACUGGUCAGCCAGGUUCAAAGCGAUCCAAGAUGAAUGGAGUAGAAAACUCGAAGACGAAAGGAGACAAGCACAAGCGAGGUUGCAUCAGGCACAGCAAAACAGAGUACGGUUCAGCAUUAAAGAAAUGAAAUGA